UGGUAAAGUCAUUAACUGCUUAUCAAUUGAUAAACACAACUUACUCAUUUCGGUGGCAUCUUGAUUUUCUUUAGUUGGUGUGUCAACAAAAUCUCCUUCCUUGAUGUCGAUGACUUCACUUUGUAAAACUUUACAACAGCCAGCACUUGGUUUUCCAUGAACACAAAAUAUCACUUUUUUAGGAGUGCCACUGUCACUUUUGUGCAUUGCUCCGUAUUUGUUACCAUUAUUCAAACUAGAAGUAAUUAUUAUCUUGAGAUAACAAAAUUUGAACGUUACUUACAAUAGAAGAGACUUAUUUUCGUUUUCAUCCUGCAUAUUUGUGGUCUCUUAACAACUUUGCCCCCAAAUCGUUUUUCAUUUACGUUGACAUAGACACAAAUUGAAUCUCAGAAUAUGUUCAUGUUCACUUUGUGGGUAAUAAGUUGUAAUCUUUCUGAACUAACGAGUGGUUGUGCACCCGACCCGACUGUUUCUUAUCUAUUCAAGUAUAUACCUACUUGAAUCCUAGUUGAGUAAAUAAAAACAAGACGUUCGCGUUGAUGUCUAAAUAAGUAAGUUUUUUUUUAUCCACGAGUAUUAUCAGAUUUAAUGAUUUCACUAAUUCUUAAUAAAUCAGUUAUAAUUGCAGUAUGUCACUAUUCAAAAUAUGAAUUUGCUAUAAGGGUAGUCGUAUUUUGCAAAAUAUUUUUUGGACGAACAUUAAAAAUCAAUUUGAUGAUAGAUAAUGUUCCAAAUAAUUUUUUAUCAUCUUUACCAACUUCUUCCUGAUAACAAACUUUAUCAACAUAGUGAUUCCAAUAAUUUGUAAACGUAUUUUUUUACAAAAAAAAUGAUUUGUUAAUGCAUUCGUUACAGUAGGUGAAUGGGUGAAUAUUCUGAAAAUUAUAGAGGAUCAUCCACAUAAAAUGUCGACUCUUACCAAAAGUGGAUUCAACCAAUUUUGCGUCCUGUGGGACAAUUUACAUUAUUAAUUGCAAUCAAAUUUUAAUUCGCGAUUAAUUUCAGGUUUAACAAUGUAAAAUAAAUGACAACUUAAUUCGAAUUAGUUUAGUCGUAAAUUAAAUUUUAAUUGGCUUUUAUUAAGUCUAUUAAAGGCAAAUUAAAAUUUGAUAGUAAUUGAAGAUUUUGCAAACUGUCUCUCAAUAAAAUCAAGUUCCCGCUAAUGAAACAGAAUUUAUUCGUAUUCAACCUACUCCCUUACUUUAUUUUUAAGAUUAUUAAAAAAAGUGAUAAACCUCAGGAAACUGUAAUUUUUUUUACGUCUACAGUAAUUGCCAAUGUCAAAACUUCGACACACAAAAUUUAAAAUUCACUUUGAACAUUGUUAUUUUUUUAAUAAGAAUGUAUUGUGUGUUGCGUCUUGAAACCUUUUAGCCGACUCGACAUUUUAUGUGAAUAGCCCUGUAUAUUUUUGUAGUGACAUCUCACUGUUAUAAGGUUAACUAAUCUUACAGAGAAAUCUGUAAUGUCACAUCUAAAAGGCGGGAAUUCCUUGUUACUAACCUUGAUAUAAAAAUAUCACUAACCUCAUUUUCCCCUUAUAUUUCUGUUAUUAAUUUAUUUUUUGUUUGUAAUUAUUACCUAACGUAAACAAAUAUGUCGAAUGAUGGAUUUGAAGAACCAAGCGAUCUCGAACUACUCAGACAGAAAAAUUUAGAAGAACGAAAUGCAUUUUUAAAAUCUCUUAUGAAUGAUUCUUUUCUUGUCGAGGGCCUUUCUUUAUUUGGUAAACCAAAGAAACAAGCAUCAUCCUCUACUAGGAAUAAACGAAAAAGAGGAGACUCAAGUUUUCGCUUUACUGGGGUAGUUCCUAGUGAAAGACGAAGUUCUGCACGGUUACAAAACAAAAAACCUGAUUUUGUCUAUGAGGAUUUACCAGACGAGAGCCAGAUUACACAUGAUUCCAAUUCACUUAAAGACCUUGAAGAUGUGGUUUUUCAAGUAAAAAAGCCAAGGAAAUGGUAUUCCCGUAGUCUGUCUUCAAGAAUAAUCCCUGCUGAAGAAGUCACAGAAGAAAUGAUCAGAGAUAUCCAAGUUGGUGGUAAUAAAGUGUAUGGGACUGCCGGGACCAGUUGUCAUCAAUGCAGACAGAAAACCGUGGACACAAAAACCAUCUGCCGCAGUGGAUCUUGCGUAGGGACACGUGGCCAAUUUUGUGGAAUCUGUGUGAUAAACCGAUAUGGCGAAGAUCCUGUUCAGGCUUUAAAAGACCCCAACUGGAAAUGUUACGUGUGUAGGGGCUGUUGCAACUGCUCCCUUUGUCGACUUAAGCAAGGCAAGAGACCCACAGGAAUUCUUGCACCUUUGGCCAAAACGAAUGGAUAUAAAUCUGUCCAAGAUUUUCUGACUGGUUUAAAGGGAUAUGGCGAUUAUGAUACAGGUGGCGACCCUGAAAAUUUGCUAGGUUUUGAAGGCAACGUUGCUGUUAUGGGGGCGGAAAAACGCACUGAAAUUAAGAAUGACUAUGAAGUUGAAGAGUUCAAAAACUUCGUUCACAGUAUUAUAAAGUCGUGAUUUUUUAUUUUUUGUAUUUAGUGUUUGAAUAAAUUACUUCAGCAAAGUUUCAAUAAUUC